CCUUGUGAAGCUCAGCAGACCUGACUGCCUGUUAAAGCUACCAGGGAUCCUCCCUCCACCUGCUUCACUUUGCGAUCUAGGGGGCUCAGUUCAAGAUGUCUGACACUGAAGAAGUGUACGAAGAAGAGGUUAUUGAAGAAGAAGUACACCAUGAAGAAGAGGAGGAGAAACCAAGGAUAAAAAUGACUGCUCCCAAAAUCCCAGAAGGAGAGAAAGUUGACUUUGAUGACAUCCAGAAGAAGCGCCAGAACAAAGAUCUGAUGGAGUUACAGACUCUGAUUGAUCUUCAUUUUGAGCAUAGGAAGAAGGAAGAAGAGGAACUGAUUGCUCUGAAAGAAAGGAUUGAAAAACGCAGAGCAGAAAGAGCUGAACAGCAAAGAAUUCGCGCUGAGAAGGAAAAGGAGCGUCAGGCCAGGCAGGUGGAGGAGAAAGCAAGAAAGGAAGAGGAGGAUGCCAGGAGGAGGGCUGAUGAUGAUGCCAAGAAGAAGAAGGCUCUGAGCAGCAUGGGUGCUCAAUACAGCAGCUAUCUUGCCAAGGCUGAUCAGAAGAGAGGGAAAAAACAGACUGAAAGGGAAAAGAAGAGGAAAAUCCUUGCAGAGAGGCGCAAAGCACUCAACAUUGAUCAUCUUAAUGAAGACAAGCUUAGGGAAAAAGCCAAGGAACUAUAUGACUGGUUGAGACAACUAGAAUCUGAAAAAUUUGAUAUGUGUGAAAAACUGAAGAGGCAGAAGUAUGAGAUUACAUCACUGCGUAAGAGAAUGGAGCUACUGGCUAAGUUAUUACUACAGCCAGAAAUCGCAUUGAUGAACUUCAAAAACACAGCAAGAAGGGUGCUGGCAAGGGGAAGGUUGGUGGCCGCUGGAAGUAAACGGUUGAAGCAAAUGCCUCCAUUGCAGCAUGACCUGACUGCAUUGUCCCAAGCUUGGAUUCUUAUGAGGCAAAUCUCAAGUGGCAAACAAUUUAUAGCACUAUUAAGUCCAAUGCUUAGAAACAAUCUAUUUUACUGUGUUGCACACUGGAUCUAUAACAAUUAUCCCCUUUAUUUACAGAUGUUAAUAUAGCGCUGAUCCUCUUCUAUUAUAAACAACUGUCCUAACAUUCUUGUUUUUGUAAAUAAAGUGUGGCAUCUAAUUUA